UAUGUCAUCUAAAUGUCAGGCACAUUGUAGAAAUAAAUUUGUUGACAAACGUCAUCUGUUACAAACUGACGUGUUGAAAAAUAUAAAGAUAAUUACUGCAAUUAGUUAUGUUCAAAAAUUCUUAUCAAAAUGGUUUACUAUCGAUAUUCUACAGUUGUGGGUCAAAUCCUUUGGCCAUAUGGGAAAUGGAAGUGCAAAAUGGUCAUAUCAAAAGAAUCACGGAUACUGAGGUGAACUCCAUUGUUCUUGAAAUCGUGAGCACUAACGUUGCAACCACUUUUAUCAGAUGUCCAAAACAGAAUCAAAUUUUAGGUAUCAAACUACCAUUCUUGGUCAUGAUCGUCAAGAAUUUGAAGAGGUAUUUUUCUUUCGAAAUAACAAUACUUGACGAUAAGAAUAUGCGUCGAAGGUUCAGAAUCUCAAAUUUUCAAUCUACAACAAAAAUAAAACCGUUUUGUACUAGCAUGCCGAUUGGUCUUUCCGGUGGAUGGAAUCAAAUACAAUUCAAUUUAGCAGAUUUCACGCGGAGAGCUUAUGGAACACAAUAUAUAGAAACGCUUCGUGUUCAGGUUCACGCAAACGCUCGACUACGAAGAAUUUAUUUUAGCGAAAGAUUAUACACUGAAGAAGAACUACCACAAGACUAUAAACUUUAUUUACCAUUGGAGAGAAAACAUAAGAAAGAGAAAGUUGAAAAGAAGAUGCCAGCUCCUGCUAAAGGAGCUCGCGCUGCUGCGAAGCCUGCUCCUACAGAAGAAAUUGCUCCAGACACUAAUGUACCAGCAGAGACAGCAGCUAGUGAAACUCCUGUGAAAGUAGAAGCUCCUGAGGCGCCAGAAGCUUCUUCAGAAGCCGUACCUGAAGCUGAAGUUAAAGUUGAGGAACCCGAUGGAGAAACGGCAGAGCCUGUGCAAGAAGCAGAAGCUUCAGCCGAAGACGCACCACCAGUAGAGGAAGCUCCGGCCGAGGAGGCGGCUGAAUAAACUAACAUGUGCUUUUGAUAUAGCGUAUAUGUAUUUUAUAGAUUUGAGUUUGCAGUAAUCGCUAAAGCAUUUAUUUUGAUUUAUGUAAUUCUCUAAAUAUAGAUAUGUUUUAUUAGUUCUCUUAAA